AUGGGAAUUGAUGAUAUAUUAUUUAUGAAUAGAUGUGAAGCAUUUUCAGUCCCAGGACUUCAAGAUGUCGAGAAUACAAUAUCACCUUCGUCGUCGUCAAAUAAUUCAACAGAAUCUUUCGGUGCAUCAACCGCUGAAAAACCUACUUCAACUGCUCCAUACUUGAUUGUAUCAUCACCUGGAGGAAGAAAUUCGCAACAAUAUUUUCCGGACGACAUCGAUAAUGAUUUGGAGGAAUCAAAUUCUGAGGGUGAAUCAACAUUAAUCUGGGAUGCAAGUCAUGCGAUGGGUCUAGCAGAAGGCGAAACAACAAUCCCUUCGCCGCCACCUGCUUAUCAACAAUUACCACAAACUAAAAAAUCCAAGGAUGGUUCAUCUAGACAUCGACCACGGGAUUUGUCAGAAAUUCCAGUCCCGCUUCAUUUGAAACUUAGUUCGGCGCCGAAUUCUCCGAAGGAAAACGACGAUAUAUAA